CAGGCCUGAAUAGCUUUCCCCCAGGGAGAGACCACACGCAGUAGCCGCCUAACCCCUCUCUCCAGCCGCCGCCGGCCGCCGUCGAGUCCGUGGUCCUUGCCUCCCGCGGCCGUCUGCUAGCUCCGCGAAGCUCGCAUCUUUCGAGGGAUAGUAGAUAGGCGGCAGGUAUGGCGGAGGAGGUGCAUCUGGGCCUGCCGGGGCCGUGGGCGGAGGACUACCGGGAGAAGGCCGACCACUACACCACCAAGAUCGGCGGGGUCCCUGAUUGGCCAGCCGAGGAUGUGGGGACUGAAGCUGAAUCACUCCAAUGCAAAUUGUGUGGAACCAGGCUCUGCCUUGUUGCUCAGGUUUAUGCUCCUCUUGCGAAGCUUAACAUUGAAGAGAGGACACUGUAUGUGCUCGUUUGCCCGGCGCCAAAAUGCAGCCCUAACACCCAAAGUUGGAAGGUCCUAAGGGUUCAGAAGUGCCAUACUGGUAUGCAAUCAAAUGAUAAUGGGGACGGGUCAGUCCAAAGUAAAGAAAAGGUUUGCUCAAAUGAGCCAACUCCUUCCUGUUCUGUGGGGAAAAAUAAUGAAGAAGAAAACAAGAGUUCCAACACCAAUGAUGAUGAUUUUGAUUUAGAUGCCUUGGCUGCAGCACUCGAGCAGGCUGCAACGGUGGCAUCCAACACAAAGAAGAAAAGUAAAUCAAAGCGUGCUAAUAAUGUCCCUAGAAAAUGCGCUGUAGUGAAGGAGAAAGUAAAUGACCUGAGUAUACCAGUUCUUCCUUGUUUCUAUAUCUAUUACGACAAGGAACAGUCGAGGGGGAAAACCAGUGUAGGUUCUAGUAGCUAUGAAAAACUUUUGGCAGAAGAGGUAAUGGACAUGGGUAAUGAUGAAGAAGAAAAAUGGGAAGGAGAAAAGUAUGAAUAUGAUAGUGCUCCUGGGGCCGACAGAACUUUCUUAAAAUUUAAGAAACGGUUGGAUGCAUAUCCUCAACAAUGCUUUAGGUAUUCAUGUGGUGGUAGUCCACUGUUGCCUACAACUAACUCACAGGAUGUUGGCACAUGUAAGCUUUGUGGUUCACAACGUCAAUAUGAACUUCAACUGAUGUCCCCAUUAUCAUAUUUUCUCGACCAAGCUGGUGAUGGUUCCUCAAAUUGUGCACCUAAUGCCUGGACUUGGCUGACUCUUGUUAUCUACACUUGCUCCAAGAGUUGCUGUCCUUCGUCUUGUUGUGGGAAACAGGGCAAUUGCUGCUGGGGAGUAGUGGAGGAGGAGAUAAUGAUGCAGGAGGAUGAAGCAUGUAACGCGUGAUGUGUUAAGCUAUCUGUAAUCUUGUGUGUUUUCAUUGUUCUUGUACUCUGUCAAUUUGACAAGUCAGUUUUGUAGGACUCCACCGAAGUACCAAACUUGUUAAUAAUAAUUCGUCUUGAAUUUCUCGUGGUGUAACUAUCAGAAUGGAAUGAUUAUGUGAACAUUAUUGGAAGUUAAAUUCUAAA